AUGUCUGCUAACAAAGGCUGGUGGGUGCCACCUCAAGGUGAAGACAGCGUGUCUGAUAAGUUUCUGAGGAAGACCAGGGAGUCUCCACUGGUGCCUAUAGGCCUAGGAGGCUGCCUAGUGGUGGCAGCAUACAGGAUUUACCGGCUGAAGGCUCGUGGCUCCACCAAGAUGUCCAUACACCUGAUUCAUACCCGCGUGGCAGCGCAGGCCUGUGCUGUGGGUGCCAUCAUGGUAGGAGCUGUGUACACCAUGUACAGAGACUAUAUCAAGAGAGCAACACAGGAUGCGGGGGAGAAGUAG